GUUGUGUGGUGUUCAGUAUUGGACACUAUCAGCAUCAAAGGACAGCCCAAGGGCAGGUCUCAGGGAUGGAUCAUUCUUCCUUGGCAAGACGAAGGCAUUGUCUCUACGGCAUACCACCCCACCCUGUCAGAGAGUGAUUUCAUCCAAAUAUAGGUAUUCAGUUCUGACAGGAUCCUGAAAGAUCCUUAUAAAAGAGGGAAGGCAGAGUCUACAGCACCAGUCCUGUGACUCCAGCCUCAGUCAGCUUUAAGGUUAUUGGACAAAAAUCACUGAACAAGAGAGCUGUUGGAGGGACAGAAGGGAGAUCCUUGCAGCCAUGAGUACUGAUGCUGAAAUGGCUGUGUUUGGCGAGGCAGCGCCAUAUCUGCGAAAGCCUGAGAGGGAACGGAUUGAGGCUCAGAACAAGCCUUUUGAUGCUAAAACAGCAGUGUUUGUUACUGAUUCCAAAGAGCUGUAUGUCAAAGGCAUCAUCCAGAGCAGAGAGGGGGGCAAAGCUACUGUAAAAACAGAGGCAGGCCAGAGUGUCACUGUAAAGGAUGACCAGGUAUUCCCAAUGAAUCCACCAAAGUUCGAUAAAAUUGAGGACAUGGCCAUGAUGACCCACCUCAACGAAGCUUCUGUGCUGUAUAACCUCAAAGAGCGCUAUGCAGCCUGGAUGAUUUAUACCUACUCUGGCCUGUUCUGCGUCACUGUGAACCCCUACAAGUGGCUUCCAGUGUAUAAUCAGGAGGUGGUAGUUGCCUACAGAGGCAAGAAGCGUCAGGAGGCACCACCCCACAUUUUCUCCAUCUCUGACAACGCCUACCAGUUCAUGCUCACUGAUAGAGAAAACCAGUCUAUCCUGAUCACUGGAGAAUCUGGUGCAGGAAAGACUGUGAACACGAAACGUGUCAUCCAGUACUUCGCAACAAUUGCAGUUUCAGGAGAUAAGAAGAAAGAACUUGCAGCCUCAGGCAAAAUGCAGGUGAAAGCUUUCAGAUCCAGUCCCUUAGCACACGUUAUUCUCAGGCUGGAGUUUUUAUUUAUCAGAGCUGAUUAUCUGGACUGCUCUCUACUGCAGGGCACACUGGAGGAUCAAAUCAUCUCCGCUAACCCUCUACUGGAGGCCUUCGGUAAUGCCAAGACUGUCAGGAAUGACAACUCCUCUCGCUUUGGGAAAUUCAUCCGAAUUCACUUUGGAACCUCAGGGAAACUGUCUUCUGCAGAUAUUGAGACUUACUUGCUGGAAAAGUCAAGAGUCACAUUUCAGCUGUCUGCAGAAAGAAGCUACCACAUCUUCUAUCAGAUCAUGUCCAAUAAGAAACCUGAGCUGAUAGAGACACUGCUAAUCACAACCAACCCUUUUGACUUUCCGUUUGUAAGUCAAGGAGAGAUCAGUGUUGCCAGCAUUAACGACAGUGAAGAACUUCUGGCCACAGAUAGUGCAGUGGACAUCUUGGGUUUCACGGUAGAGGAGAAGAUCGGUAUAUAUAAGCUGACCGGUGCGGUGCUGCACUACGGCAACAUGAAGUUUAAGCAGAAGCAGAGAGAGGAGCAGGCCGAGCCUGAUGGAACUGAGGAUGCUGAUAAAGCAGCUUACCUCAUGGGCCUGAACUCUGCUGACCUGCUGAAAGCACUGUGUUACCCCAGAGUGAAGGUGGGAAAUGAGUAUGUCACCAAGGGACAAACAGUCCAACAGGUUUACAACUCUAUUGGAGCACUGAGUAAGUCAGUGUACGAGAAGAUGUUUCUAUGGAUGGUCAUCCGCAUCAAUCAGAUGUUGGACACAAAGCAGCCGAGGCAGUUCUUCAUUGGUGUGCUUGAUAUUGCUGGGUUUGAAAUAUUUGAUUUCAACAGUCUGGAGCAGCUCUGCAUCAACUUCACCAACGAAAAACUGCAACAGUUUUUCAACCACCACAUGUUUGUGCUUGAGCAGGAGGAGUAUAAGAAGGAGGGAAUAGAGUGGGAGUUCAUUGACUUUGGAAUGGAUUUGGCUGCUUGCAUUGAGCUUAUAGAAAAGCCAAUGGGCAUCUUCUCCAUUCUCGAGGAGGAGUGCAUGUUCCCUAAGGCAUCUGACACUACUUUCAAGAACAAGCUCUAUGAUCAACAUCUUGGUAAAACAAUCAUUUUUCAGAAGCCCAAGCUUGUCAAAGGCAAGGCAGAGGCUCACUUCUCUCUGGUGCACUAUGCUGGAACUGUAGACUACAACAUCUCCGGCUGGCUGGACAAGAACAAAGACCCUCUGAAUGAAACUGUGGUGCAGCUCUAUCAGAAAUCAGCUUUGAAGUUGCUGGCUUUCCUUUAUUCCAGUUAUGCCUCUACAGAAGAGACUGGUGGUGGAGGAGGUGGUGGAGCUGGUGGAAAGAAAGCAACAAAGAAGAAAGGCUCUUCUUUCCAGACAGUGUCAGCUCUUUUCAGGGAAAACCUUGGGAAGCUGAUGACCAAUUUGAGAAGCACUCAUCCACAUUUUGUGAGAUGCCUUAUCCCCAAUGAGACAAAAACUCCAGGUGUUAUGCAGAACCAUCUGGUAAUCCAUCAACUGAGAUGUAACGGUGUAUUAGAAGGAAUCAGGAUCUGCAGGAAAGGUUUCCCAAGCAGGAUUCUGUAUGGAGACUUCAAGCAGAGGUAUAAAGUACUGAAUGCGAGUGUCAUCCCUGAAGGUCAGUUCAUUGACAACAAGAAAGCUGCGGAGAAGCUCCUGGGCUCGAUUGAUGUGGAUCAUACCCAGUAUAAAUUUGGACACACUAAAGUGUUUUUCAAGGCUGGCCUUCUGGGAGCUCUGGAGGAGAUGAGAGAUGACAAAUUAGCAGCUCUUGUCACCAUCACUCAGGCCCUGUGCCGAGGCUUCCUCAUGAAAACAGAGUUCUCCAAGAUGAUGGAGAGAAGAGAGUCUAUUUAUAUAGUUCAAUACAACAUUCGAGCAUUCAUGAACGUGAAACACUGGCCAUGGAUGAAGCUCUACUUUAAGAUCAAGCCUCUCCUGAAGACUGCAGAGACUGAGAAGGAGAUGGCCACCAUGAAGGUGGAGUUUGCUAAGUGCAAAGAUGACCUGGCAAAAGCUGAGGUUAAGAAGAAGGAGCUGGAAUCCAAAAUGGUAACACUGCUCCAAGAGAAGAAUGACCUGCAACUUCAAGUUCAAUCUGUAGCAGAGAACCUGUCUGAUGCUGAGGAGAGGUGUGAAGGCCUCAUCAAAAGUAAGAUUCAGAUGGAGGCCAAAGCCAAAGAGCUGAAUGAGAGGCUGGAAGAUGAGGAGGAGAUGAAUGCAGAACUCACUGCUAAAAAAAGGAAACUAGAGGAUGAGUGCUCUGAAUUGAAGAAAGAUAUCGAUGACCUGGAGCUCACUCUAGCCAAAGUGGAAAAAGAGAAACAUGCUACUGAAAACAAGGUAAAGAAUCUAACUGAGGAAAUGGCCAACAUGGAUGAAAGCAUCGCAAAAUUAUCCAAGGAAAAGAAAGCUCUCCAGGAGGCCCAUCAGCAGACACUCGAUGAUCUACAGGCAGAAGAAGACAAAGUCAACACGCUGACGAAAGCUAAGAGCAAACUUGAACAACAAGUGGAUGAACUGGAAGGUUCUCUGGAACAAGAGAAGAAGGUCCGUAUGGAUCUGGAGAGAGCGAAGAGAAAGCUUGAGGGUGAUCUGAAACUGACCCAGGAGUCAAUAAUGGAUCUGGAAAACGACAAGCAACAAAUGGAGGAGAAGCUGAAAAAGAAAGAUUUUGAACUAAAUCAGCUGCUCAGUAAAAUUGAGGAUGAGCAAAGUUUGGGAGCACAGCUUCAGAAGAAGAUAAAGGAGCUUCAGGCACGUAUUGAGGAAUUAGAAGAGGAGAUUGAAACUGAACGUGCUGCACGGGCCAAGAUAGAGAAGCAGAGGUCUGAUCUCUCCAGGGAACUUGAGGAGAUCAGUGAGAGGCUUGAAGAGGCCGGCGGUGCCACCGCUGCCCAAAUCGAAAUGAACAAGAAACGCGAGGCAGAUUUCCAGAAGCUGCGGCGUGACCUCGAAGAGUCCACCCUGCAGCAUGAAGCCACCGCUGCAGGCCUCCGGAAGAAGCAUGCAGACACUGUGGCGGAGCUCGGAGAACAGAUUGACAAUCUUCAGCGUGUUAAACAGAAACUGGAGAAAGAGAAGAGUGAAUAUAAAAUGGAGAUUGAUGACCUAGUCAGCAGUAUGGAGGCCGUGGCAAAGUCAAAGGCUAACUAUGAGAAAAUGUGCCGUGCACUAGAAGAUCAGCUCAGUGAAUACAAAACCAAGCAUGAGGAGAACACUCGUCACCUACAUGAUAUCAGUGCUCAACAAGCAAGACUGCAAACAGAGAAUGGAGAAUUUUCUCGGCAGCUGGAAGAGCGAGAUGCAGUGAUUGCUCAGAUGGCCAGGGCCAAACUGGCCUUCACUCAACAGGUUGAGGACCUUAAAAGACAAGUGGAAGAAGAAACAAAGGCUAAAAAUGCUCUGGCACAUGCCCUGCAAUCUGCUCGCCACGAUGCAGAGCUGCUCAGAGAGCAGUUUGACGAGGAGCAGGAGGCCAAGUCUGAACUCCACAGAGGAAUGUCAAAGGCCAACAGUGAAGUGGCUCAAUGGAGAACCAAAUACGAGACUGAUGCCAUUCAGCGCACCGAGGAGCUUGAGGAGGCCAAGAAAAAACUUGCCCAACGCUUGCAAGACACAGAGCAAUCGAUAGAGGCUGUGAACGCCAAGUGCUCCUCCCUCGAGAAGACCAAGCAGAGACUGCAAAGUGAGGUAGAGGACUUAAUGGUGGAUGUGGAGAGAGCAAACGCACAGGCAGCCACCCUUGAUAAAAAGCAGAGGAACUUUGACAAGGUUUUAUCUGAAUGGAAGCAAAAGUAUGAAGAGAGUCAGGCAGAGUUAGAAGGAGCUCUGAAAGAGUCUCGUUCACUUAAUACCGAGCUUUUCAAAAUGAAAAACUCUUACGAGGAGGCCUUGGAUCAUUUGGAGACUCUCAAACGAGAGAACAAGAACCUGCAGCAGGAAAUAACCGAUCUCACUGAGCACAUUGGUGAAAACGGGAAACUGAUCCAUGAGCUUGAGAAAGCAAAAAAACAAGUGGACAUGGAAAAGACGGAAAUUCAUACUGCUUUAGAGGAAGCAGAGGCCUCGCUGGAGCACGAGGAAUCAAAGAUUCUUCGCAUUCAGCUUGAGCUAACACAAGUGAAGUCCGAGGUGGACAGAAAGCUUGCCGAGAAAGAUGAGGAGACGGAACAGAUCAAACGCAACAACCAGCGCACGAUUGAAUCCAUGCAGUCCACGCUGGAUGCUGAGAUCAGAAGCAGAAACGAUGCUCUGAGAAUUAAAAAGAAGAUGGAGGGAGACCUCAACGAAAUGGAGGUUCAGCUGAGUCACGCAAACCGACAGGCAGCUGAGGCCCAGAAACAACUGAGAAAUGUUCAAGGCCAUUUGAAGGACACAACUGUUCUCCUGGAUGACGCCAUCAGAAAUCAGGAAAACCUGAAGGAGCAGGAGGCUAUGAUGGAACGGAAGAACGCUCUGAUGCAGGCUGAGAUAGAGGAGCUGAGAGCCGCUCUGGAGCAGACAGAGAGAAGCCGGAAAAUGGCUGAGCAGGAGCUGGUGGACGCUAACGAACGUGUCGGCCUCCUGCACUCUCAGAACACCAGUCUGCUCAAUGCCAAGAAGAAGCUCGAGUCUGAUGUAAAUCAACUCCAAGGAGAGGUAGAGGAAGCUGUCCAAGAGGCGAGGAACGCUGAGGAAAAAGCAAAGAAGGCCAUCACUGAUGCUGCCAUGAUGGCAGAAGAACUGAAGAAAGAGCAAGACACCUGCGGUCACCUGGAGAGAAUGAAGAAGAACCUGGAGGCAUCGGUAAAGGAUCUGCAGCAUCGGCUGGAUGAGGCUGAAAACCUGGCCAUGAAGGGGGGGAAAAAACAGCUCCAGAAACUGGAGGCCAGGGUCCGUGAACUGGAAAACGAGCUUGAUGCUGAGCAGAAGCACGGGACAGAUGCUGUUAAAAAUGUUCGGAAAUACGAGAGAAGAGUUAAGGAGCUCACCUACCAGACUGAGGAGGACAGAAAGAAUGUCCUGAGACUCCAAGAUCUGGUGGAUAAGCUUCAGCUGAAGGUGAAAGCCUACAAGCGACAGGCAGAAGAAGCUGAAGAGCAGGCCAACACUCAUCUCUCCAAACUAAGAAAGGUGCAGCAUGAGCUGGAGGAGGCUGAGGAGCGGGCCGACAUCUCUGAGACGCAGGUCAAUAAGCUGAGAGCCAAGAGCCGCGAUGCUGGAAAGGCUGCUGAAUCGGAGUAGAAAUCUCUGAAGUGGAUGAUCACUUCCUUCUUAUGCAUGAAUAGUAGAGUGAUGUAGAUCUUUUAAUCAGAAAUAUAUUAAAGCACAAGCUGUACAAUGCA